UGACGGGGAUGUCAGAAUGGAGGGUAGUUCAAAAUCUGUGAAGAGAAAAAUCGAGGAAGUCGAUGCUGAUGCCAGCGAUGAAAAAUCGUUGGGCAUCAAAAGAUUUUUAAGGGCACCCAGAAAAGGUGAGGACAUAACAAGCAGCGAUGUUUCUCAGUCACAUGGUAAAAGCAAUUUGCCCCCCACUUGGAAGUGGAAAGGAACAUUACUUUAUUAUGUGUCACAGAAAAUCCAACCUUCACAACAAAUUGCAGCCUUUGACUUUGAUGGCACUUUGGCAAAAACAUCUUUAUUCAAACAUGGACCAGAUGCUUGGUCCUUACUAUACCCCUCCUGUGUACAGAAACUAACAACCCUUCACAGGGAUGGAUAUAAACUUGUAAUCUUCACUAACCAGGCUGCUAUUGGCAAAGCAAAGGCCUCAAAACAAAAAGUUAUGGAUGAGAAGAAAGGCAGGCUCAUUGGUUUUGUUAAGAAGGUAGCUCUACCCUUUCAGAUCUUUGUAGCUACAUCAAAGGAUUGCUACCGUAAACCCAACACAGGGAUGUGGGAAUUCUUCUGUCAAAAAUGUAAUGGUGACAUGAAAGUUAAUAAGGAGAAGAGUUUCUUUGUUGGUGAUGCUGCUGGACGGGCCAAAGACCAUGGAGCAAGUGAUAAAGAAUUUGCAGCAAAUUGUGGACUGACAUUUUACACUGAAGAUGAAUUCUUCAUGAAGGAUGCAUUGAAGAGCAAAGAGAUUGAAUAGGGUUUCCAUACCUGUGGGAAUACGUACAAUUUUUAUAUUUAAUAUUUUGCUCAUUAUGUAAAAUAGUUUAUUGUUGAUUAAUCAAAAUAUUUAAGAGACUUUUUUCAAAACAGACAAUUCUCAAGGCAGCAUUUAUUCUGCUGAA